AUGGCUCUUGUCAAUGGAAUAGUCAUCGCAGCAGUCAUUAUUGCUUUUGGUGGUAUUAGCGGCUCACACAUCAACCCAGUGGUGACCCUGGGCAUGUGCCUGUGUGGCCAGCUUCCUGUCAUCAAGGCCGUGUUAUACGUAUUGACGCAACUAUUGGGCGCCAUGAUUGGCUCCAUCCUUCUGAGAGUUCGUCCUCAAAGACAAGCUGAGACCUGUGAUCCGGUAAAAAGACCCGCUUUGCUUGAAGAAGGCGUCAUCCUGCACCAUGACAACGCGCCUGUUCACAAGCCCAGAAUUGUGAACGAGCUUCUUGAGGGCUACUCGUGA